GACCGCUGCUCAACUUGAAAGGUCGACGGUUGUCUCCAGUAGUAGUGCCGGCGAUCGUUCACGUUCUGGGGCUUUUCUUCGAGGUUGAGGUCGCAGCGGAUUGAAAGCUGCAUUGGCUUUUCGCUCACGAUCAGGUGGUGUCCUCGUCGCCCUCAUCGCGUGAGAUCAAGAGAGAAUGAUGAGGGUCGUGCUGCCAUCAGUUUUGUCGAGGUUGAAACUGACUACGAGUGCAGGCAGCAGGCUGCAUUUUGUCUUUGAGCGGCGAAACGAAAUUAGAAAACUUGCCAUUAUAGUGAAGUAAACCCGGGCUGCAAGGAAACGAAACUGUUUUUUGACAGAGCAGUCAACAUAACAACUGCGAGGUUUCAACGGAUUGAGACUGAUCCUCAGAUGCCAACUUCUCCUGCCAUAAACCCAACUGCGCACGGUGCGCUGCGAGGACAUUAAGAUAUCAGCCAGCCCAUCAUCGAAGUGAGUCACCAACCAACACGUCGACACACGACACUGCUCUGAAGGACGUGGCUGACUACUGAUUCCAGUACUACCGCACGAUCAUCGCUAGCUCCCUUCCGGGACCAUUGAAGAAAGAUUUAUUCCGUUCCAUCAUGAAGAUGCUGUGGGGGUCGAUCAAGUUCAAGUGCCUUGUCCCUGCGUUUUCGAGCAUCUUCGUCGCGGCGCAUGAUGAUGUCGCGUUUACCAUGACGGGGGGCGGAGGGGGCAAGGACGCUAAUCCCGAACAUCAAGAGCUGGACGGUCAGGCCAAACAAGAGCGUGGCGAUGUAGUGAAGGGGUUUGUCGAUCAUCGCGCCGGUGCACAACAUUAUGCCAACCAUGCUGAUGAUGAUGACGAUGAGCAAGAGUUUGAGUUCUCCGACCCUGCUUCGUAUGCAAUCUGUAAAAAGUAGACUAGAAGGAUAGCCGUGUGUACCACAUCCAAACGCCUUCUGCGGCAAGGAAGAUAAAGUACUAUAAGGAAAAAACUCGCGAAGUCGAGGAUGAUUAAUCUUGAAAGAAUGUAACAGUGACAGAAGAAGCAUUGAAGUGUUUGGAUAGCCGUGUAACACAGAGAACAAAAUCAAAAUUUGGUUGCAUAAGCUAGAGCAGGAGCAGGGGGCAAACGGCGAAGCAGAACGAAACCACCUCUUCAUCAACGAGAAGAAGCAAAGAACGCAAGUGAUGCCGGAUGCGUCCUUCUACCAGGUCGAGACCCGGACAGAAACAAGUGGCAAGAAGAAAAAAGUGAAGAUGAUGGAAACGAAAAAGACUACCCUGAGGCCAGUAUGGCCUGCCAGGUGGCGAAGCCGGAGCGGACAGGGAGACGACAAAGUAGAAGCUGUAGCUGGGUUUAGGAGCGAAACGCACGCCGAGGCGACCGCAAGAGCGAAGGACUUGUUUGACGAAGCGUUUGCCGCAAGACGACUGGUGCGUUGAUGAAUGUUCUUUUUUCUGAUUCUUAUUCACAAAAAAGGAUCGAUGAAUCACACACUAUGCAAUCCAUUAUUUUUAUGCAAAUUCUUCACUUCUAUCUAAUUCUAUUCGGGAUCGUUCUAUUCUUCCAUUGUGCUGACAUCAUAGAUGGAAUGUUGGGAGUAGGAAACGUUGCACCACCGUUCUCCGCAUCCGGGAUUACGCGUAAUGCUGAACAUGUCGCCAAUCACCCCAAGGACGAACACAGCACCACGGCCGCAAGCGAAGGCACAAGCCCGAAGUCGGGAUCGAGCAGCUCAGAUGUUCGGGGGAGGUUGUGAUUGUCCAGCAGCGCCUCGACCUCGUAGGGUUGAUGAAGCAUUUGUUUGAUUAGAAUGAUAAAAGAAAAUGAAAAAAAUGGAUGUGAACAUAAAAUAAAAGAACAACUGAAUCUUUAUCGACCAAUACAAAUGCGAAGUGAAAGGAAAAGUCAAAGUCACAGCUUUAUUUUGUAAUUCAUUGCACCAGCACGAGUUGUAGUUGCGACAAGGUAUUUAAGAGGUGGUAACUACUGCAGUGGUUUUUUCGCGUACGUAGAUUGUGUAGGAGAGCUGCAAAAAAAAAAGUUUUUCGUGUGUUCCAGAUGUGCGAC